AUGAUCGAAUUUCUCGGAAAGUCUAUCACUGGCUCGACCACCCCAACCAGAUCCGUCGCCACUACUACGAGUUCAGCAACAACAGUCACAACUCAGCCAAUUUCAGUCAGGACGCUCGUUGCAAUCUGUGUAGGAUGUGGGAUACUACUCGCCGGCUUGGUCCUCUUCGUCAUUUGGUUCGGCGCACGGUCGAGAAAGGGCAAGCAGGAGCAAGAGGGAGAAGUGGUGGCUCUCGAUGUCUCCAAGGCCACCUCCGAAUCGCAUCUAAAGGCUGCCCCGCCACACGCGGGCUUCCAGAGCACCUAUAGCGAAUCGAGCUAUUAUUCACAAAGCACCGCCCGGAAACCUCUCCAGGGACAGCAACAUUCUCGACGACCCACAAUGGAGAGCUUAGAUGCCGCCAAACAGGAUCCGUAUCACUAUCGGGACGAACACAGUUUCCUACCCAAGCAAAACGUCUAUACCCGCAACGACAUGGCCCCGACUUCUCCGCGCAGUCCUACGGGCAAUCCAGACUUUUCUAGUCCACAGCCUGCAAACUCGAGCGUUCACCAGUCGCCACGAUCCACGUCCGCCCAAGCAAUAACACGCCCAUACGUGAUUGGGUCCCAUCCAUUUGCCUCGCCGGGCCGGUCUACAUCCCAAAGCCGACCGUCCAUCGAGCACAAUGGUAAUUAUACCGUCGCCACUGCCCCACCGUCUGCGAGUGACCGGGCGCACGACGGCAGUCUAGGGCUCAGCGGCCACAAUACGUUUGCGGGCGCCGGCACGCGACCAGGUUACAACGCGUAUGGGCUCGAGUCUCGACAAGCCAUCACGAGCCUCAAUACCCGUCCGAGCCUCGAGAGUAUUCGGAGUGCCGCACGAAAGGCGAGCAUUGACCAGACGGCCGUGUCAGCGGCGACGGAAUUUGCCAUGGGCGGUCCGACGGCUGUCGGGGGUCGUUCGCGGAAUAACUCGACAUCGAGUUCGCAUCGUGCUGGUGGCUAUUCGUAUGCCGGAGGAACGAGUUCUCUCUACGGUGGCGGUGGGGGCUCGGUCCGGUCUGGAAAGGAUGGCUCCAAGGAAAAGUAUACAAAGGAGGAACGAGCCAAGGAGAUGGCAGCGAUGAACAGCCUUAUUGCUGCACUAGACGAGAGCGCGGAAAAGGAGCGUAAACGCAAACUUAGUCUAGCUGAAGCAGCCGGGUUGGGCGAUCAACCCUCGUCAUCAAAGUCGGGUUCGGGCUCCAUGAGAAGAAAGGAUGUCGCUGUCACUGGUUCGUAUCCGCUUCCACCGCCUGAAGUGUUCCGAGCGGCGCUCUCGACUGGUGUCACUUCGGACGACGAUGUGGAUGACGAAGAGAUUGAGCGGUGGCGACGACGUUGA